AUGGGUGAUAAUAAUAGUGAUAACAGUAACGUUGGAACAUUGGGAAAUGAUAAAAUCAGAAAAAUGGGCGACCACAAUCGCCUGCCUAAUCGCAUCUUAAAUAAUCGUAUUUAUAAUAAUCCAGCAUGUGACGAUAAAUUUUCAAAUCAUGAUGUACUUAUUGUCGGUGAAGGAAUGAAUAAUAAAAAUCAGGAUUAUUGGAUUCAUGGCAAAUAUAGAGAAUUUACAGUUGGUCAACGCAGUGGGGAAAAGAUGGUCAUGUUAAGAAACCGUCAAAAUCAAUGCGGUAUUGCCGCAGCCGCCAGUUAUCCACUUUAUAAUAUAAAUAGAUAUUAUAAAGUGCCUGAGUGA